AGGGGCAGGAACAGUCAAUGAUGAGUGUACGCUGCCAGAAAUAAAGGUGUAGAAGAAGGACGCUGAGCUGCUGCUUACAGGAAGUGUUGAGCCUCAGCCUGGUACCUGUCUGUCUGUGCUUGUUGUGUUCAUUACAUCUAACACAACAUAUCGCUGGUCCAGAGUGGAUCCUGCCUUCACCGUCUCCAUCCUCCCAUUGUAUCUUUGCCUCAACUCCUUGUGUGUGCAAGUUGAUAGUGUGUGCACCUGCUGUGCCUGUUGAGUGUGUGUGCUUUCUGUGUGUGUGUGUCUGUGUAUAUUCACUCUUGGCCUAUAUGAGUGUGUUGCUUUAGGAUAGUGUAUGUAAGUGUGCAUGUGUGUGCCCACCAUGUCCCCGUAUCCCUCGACGCUCCAGCUGAGUCCAUGGGUGUGUCUUCACCUCCUCUGCCUGCUGCUGCUCCUCACUGAGUCCGCCUCCUCCACCGUACCUAACUCAGUUUCCCAGCUCAACACAACACAAGGUGAUAAUGGUGCUGUCAGUGAACAUGCAUCAAAUCUACCAGUGAAUAAGCAGUCAGAAGGCUUAUCUGCAUCCAUCAACCACACCUUAGACGGCUUAUCCUCAACCCCACUCAACCAAUCCUUAGGAGGACACCAUCCAUCCAAUCAGCAGCCAGUAUUAGCAGCUUUUCUUCCAUCUACCACUACACAGGCUGCUCAUAAUGCACCCAUCACCAGCACUGCUGCUACACACCCUGUGAGGACUGUAUACACAACCACUUUACUGGUGACAACUACAACUACAACAACAACACCAACACCAACACCACCAACACCACCAACACCACCAACACCACCAACACCACCAACAACAACAACAACACCAACAACACCAUCAACAACAACAACAACAACAACACCACCAACAACACCAACACCACCAACAACAACAACACCACCACCAACAACGUCAACUACAGCAAUACCAACAACAACAACCAGAAGACCAACGCCAUUGUCUUCUGCAGCAGCACACCCUGCAACAACCACGCUGGUUAACACAACUGUUACUAUGACUACAACCACCGGUACGAAGAUGCCACCAACACCACCAGCGGCUGCCACGCAACAACCAAAUGCUCCAAGCACUGUGCUGCCACCAGUUCAGACGUCUUUACCAAGCGGGCCCACCACCAUCAUUGUUAGUAGUACCAGUACUCCCGGCCAUCGCAAUGAGCCCGGUGCCUCUGGAACGAGAGUUGCCAUGGUAGACGUUGCGGGGGAGGCUCUGACGCUGCAGCUGGUGGAUACUUCAUCUUUACUGUCCGUCCUGCUCUUUGGCCUGCUCUUCUUCUUGGCCACGGUGGCUGUGUUCGUCACACAGGCCUACGAGAGCUAUAGGAGGAAGGACUACACCCAGGUGGACUACCUGAUCAACGGCAUGUACACAGACUCCAGAGUGUGAGGGAUGAAGCACAACGUGUGGAGAUGUUUUUGCCCUUGGACUAGGAGACUAAAAUGGAAGAUGGACUGGAUGGUGGCGCUGUGAAUUUUUAUGGUGAGUCAGUGCUGCUGUUAGACAGUUCAGAGGGGAAGUAGGACUGGUCUACUCUGACCAACAGCUCACUUAACGCUUUGUUCUUCCCUGCUUCUCUUUCUUUGAUGGUUUGAAUGUGAAGAGUUUGGCUUGUCCCAGUUUUGCCAAAUGUUUAGCAACAUAAAUGGAGGUUAUCUGGAUGUAACUCCAGUUCUAUGCGUAUGUGCAAAGCCCUCUAUUGAUCCACGACAGAAUCUCAUCCACAUUGCUGUUCAGUCAGUCCAGCUGUAGUUGGUUCCAGGGGGGCUGGACCAAUCAGGAUGCUUCCAAGGUGAUAAAGAACUCAACAGAUGAUUUAUAAAAAUAAAUAAAUAAAAGGUCUGGCUGAAAAAUACACGUUGGCCUAAUUGUCAAAUAGUUUGAGUUAUUGUACCUUUGCAGAUGAAUGUAGUCACACAGAAGUCUCGUGCUCAUUAAGAACGUGGGCUGUCACUUUAUAGCGUAAUGCAUUUCUUCCCAAAUUCAAACCAAUGUUUGAAUUUGGAAUAAAAAGUGACGGCCCUAUUAAGAACAAAAGCAUAUUUGUGAAUAUUGUAUUGUAUUGAGAUGCAACUUUCGAAUAACUUAUUCAACAUAAAAAAGACCAUUAAAAAAAAUAACAUUUAAAAGCAAAAACUCCAAAUUCAUUAUAAAUGUCUCUGUCAACAGGCUCUUCAAUUAGCACGUCUAAAACACAUCACAUGCACAAUAACUCGUUACCACUGGGCAACAAUUUAGUAUCUUUAUUAACAUCUGUCGUAUCAUUUCAUGUAUUCAAAAUGUAAAUUUGUCUGAUGUAAUGCAUAAAACCUGUCUGUCUGAAUGCACUUACUUGUAGAUCCUGGUGGGUAAGGUGUAAUUAUAAGUGAUAGAAAAGUUAUAGUACGUGUACUCCAGUUGAAUUAUCCUUUUGAAAGUAGCUGCCCGACUAAAUGCCAUCAGUAACAGUAAUGUGCCAUGAAAAAGUGACUUUACAGCAUAGAGAGCUGGACUUGAACCAGCCUCAGAGAUGGAUGGAUGGAACUUUAUUUAUCCCGAGGGAAAUUGUUGUGCGACCUUCGGGAUAAAUAAAGUAUCUAUCUCUGGUAGACAAGCUUUCUCAGAAAGACCUCGCUCUGUAUUAAGUUUCCCUAGAUGUGGCCUGAUGCCUCAGGACCAAGAAUACACUGCGUGGUGUCGGUAGGCCAGAGACGGACCACCGAGUCUUCUUAGUCAAGUGGUGGAGUUGAUGAUUUUUCUCAUUGUCUCGUCAGUCUGUUAACGUUGGCUCAGUGUUCGUGUGCUCGUUCUGAGCAGCACAGGCUCUUGUUUGUUUGGAUGCGGCUGCUUUGGUGACGAAGUUACAAAUGAAAGUCAGACUGACUUAUUAAAGCACACUGCCUAAUACAGUUUACACUAAGAACUAUUAUUAAUAAUAAUAAUAAUAAUAAUAAUAAUAAUAAUAAUAAUAAUAAUUAAGUCAGUGCUGGUUACAUUAAUGACUCUCCUUUGAGGAUCUUGAUCAAUGAUUUAAAAAAAAAAAAAAAAAAAAGUGAAAUUCGGCAGAACAGCUGUUGGUCUUAUUCCUGCAGCUGUGCAGACCCGCCCUGACUGUGGUUGCUCACACACAACAUAUUGUAGCUUGGAUUGACUGGUGGAAAUAAAAACUGAAGCUUUCUUGGGAAAACCCUACAACAUAAUCCAACCUUUGUAUCCACCCACGACAUGUGACGGUGAUGGUUUGUGUAGCUGUUUUUUAUUGUUGUUAUAUUGGCUUGAUAAAACAUGUCUUUAUUUCACUCCUUUAAAGACACAAUGGGACAUUCUGAGAAAUCCGCUUGUUUGAAGUGAACCCUACAGUUCCAACAUGCUAUCACUGCUAUCAUUGACACGGUCACAGAAACCAGCCAUCGUUUGAAGUAUGUGGACAAUAUCAGAUGAAACUCGUCCACAUCUUCUCCUCUUACUGUGGUUCAUUUUCCAAAUGAAUGUUUUAGAUUUUAAUGAGUCUUAUGAUUUCUCUCUCAUUCCAUUAGCUUUCAUUGAUGCCAGUGACAUCUCAGCUGUUUCUCAGCGUUUCAUGUUUUUGCUCACGUCCUGCAGUGAGUCAUGGCAACAGCCGUACGAGCUUAUUUCAAUAUAUUUAAUAUUUUUGCUUUGAGUGAAUGUAUGUUUGAAUCCUCAGCUAGUUUGAAUAAUAGAGAUUGUGUGUCUUCUGUAUUAAUCCACCCUCUCUCUCUAUUAAUGACCAUUUUGUGGGUUAUAUUUUGUCCAUAAUUCCUUCAAAUUGCUUAAUAUGUAUGUCAUUUUCUCAUGUUUCUGUUUCGAUGUUUUAUAUUUGACUGAACAUGGAUCCCCAGCCACUUAAUUUAAUACUUUUUGGAGACAUUUCCUUCAGCAUAGAAAAAAACUCAGCACUAUGACUUCUAUUUUAUAUUCUGUGACUUAGUUUUUCUCAUAAGCAUCCUUUUGUGUUAUCACAAUUAUGGGAUUUCUCAUAAUGAGAUACAUUUCCCAAAAGUCUUAGUCAGAUAAUUGUCUAAAAGUUUGAAUUACGUUUGACAAAGUGAUGAACACAGACCCAGCCGUGUCUGUUAGUUAUGAACAAUAUAUGAUAUUAGGGAUUAUGGACAGAUAUUCUACUAGCCCCUGAAUAGUUCUCAAUAGAUCCCCAAUGUGUUGAGAACAGUGUUCAUGCUACACACCGAGUUAUCGUUACCUUUUCUCUUUUCUUCCCCACUUUGUAUUGGCGUUCUUCCUCUGAGGGGUUCAUGGUUGAUGGACAAUCGCCAAAUAAUCACUGAAGCACAUUAUUGUAUGAUAAAGCCAAGGGAAACAUAAAGCCAUUAUCAAUAUGUGACGUGAAAGGAAGAUUUAUGAUGUAUCAUAAAUCGCACAGCAGAAGAUGUUUUGAAAUGAUAAAGUAAUGUUUGUGCUACAGAGUAUUCCUGCAGUAUCUACAGUGAAACGCAUUCUGUUUGACCCUCGUUCUUUUUAUUUAAUUUUCCAUUUCUUUAAUGAUGCCAUAAUUGAUUUGUUGUUUUUCUUUUUCUUUUGUUGGAGAAGAAAAACCUCAACUAUAUUUGAAAAAUGUCUGGUUUUAGAAAUGCAGGGAAUAUUAAAAUCGGUUUACAAGAGCGUAAGAGGCCAUCGGUACGGAAGCAGAGCAGCUUUGUUUGAAAUAAUUUUUGUCUUGAAUAUCUGAUGUUUAUCUCGAGAUCAUGGUCUUUAUUGCAGUAUCUAGAAAACGAGAUCUUUAUCCCGUUAGAACCACAAAACGAUAUCUUUGAUGAUUUGAAAACUGCUUAACGUUGUCAUCUUGAGGUCAUAAAAUAAAGAACUCAAGAUGAGGGUAAAUGACUUGGGCUGCUCAUGCAUGGGUGCAAUUAAUUUUAUUUGUAUUGUUUUCAUGGUCACUGACUAAAAGAAUCUCGGCAUGACUAAAAACAUUUUCUCAUCAUAAAAUAAUUAUUACAUGUCAGCAUAACCCAAACCAUCCUACAUUCAAUAUUGAGACGUUAGGUAACCACUCCUGUAUGUGUGUAUGUACAGAUGAGUAGCAGAGUGCACUCCAUGUUCCCUGAUGAUCAGAAGCCAUCUGGGUUAUCCUGAGAUCACUAAAUGAUUCAGCGGUCAUUGGCACUAAAUGGAAGUCUUCUUUCGCCUUCUGUAAGACUGACACGAGGUAACAGUGAUGACCCAAACGUUUCCCCUGACCAUUAGAAGGUGGAGCACACUGAUGACUGUGUCCAUGACAUGAGUGAAGCGUUUUCAAGAUUUGAUGUUUUUCUAACUUUAAUUUAGAGUUUCUGAUGUCAAUAAUUGUAAAGUGUUCCUGGUCCUGUCCGCUUGUGUUCAGGGCGGAUCUGAGUUUGCAGUAACUGAUGAGCAGAGAGACACCUGCUGUGUGCCAACUCAACAUUGUACAAAUGCACUUUAAAAAGAUAUUUUUACUUGCAAAGAAUAAAUAAUAAAAAAGAACCAAAUUGA